GGAGGCUCAGUGCACAUGGAGGAGGAACAGCACAUCCCACCCAUCAGGACAGUAGUGCUUGUGAGCAUUUCUGGAAUCCAAGCUCUUCCCACAGAAGGAGGGAUAGAGCAGGCAGCAGACACCAUGGAGUCCCCCUCAGGCCCUGCCCACAGAGGACUUGUCCCCAUGCAGGGGCUCCUGCUGGCUGCCUCACUCUUAAUCUUCUGGAGCCUGCCCACCACUGCCCAGCUCACUAUUGAAUCAGUGCCGCCCAAUGCUGCCGAAGGGAAGGAUGUGCUUCUCCGUGUCCACAACCUGCCUGGGAAUCUAUUCGGCUAUACCUGGUACAAAGGGGAAAUAGUGGACAGCAGCUGUCAAAUCAUAUCAUAUGUAAUAGACACUCAAACAACUACCCUCGGGCCUGCAAGCAGUGGUAGAGAGACAAUUUACCCCAAUGGAUCCCUCCUGUUCCAGAAAGUCACCCUAAAGGACACAGGAUACUAUAGCCUACAACAAUGGAAAGAUUUACAGAGCAAACGAGUAACUGGACAGCUUCAUGUAUACGCGGAGUUACCCAAACCCAGCAUCACAAGCAACAACUCCCUCCCCGAGGAGCACAAGGACCCUGUCGUGUUAACGUGUGAACCUUUAGUUUCAGAGGGAGAGUGUGGCCCUUACACAGACCAGACCUUCCCCUUCCCUCUGAUUACAUCAUGUGUGGCUUUGUUCUCUGCUCCAGAUGGCCCGGAUGCCCCCACCAUUUCCCCCUCAGACUCCCAUUACCUACGUGGGACAAACCUCAACCUCUCCUGCCAGGCAGCCUCUAACCCACCUGCACAGUAUUCUUGGCUUAUCAAUGGGAGUUCCCAGCACCCCACACAGGAGCUCUUUAUCCCCAAAAUCACUGCACAUGACAGUGGAUCCUAUACCUGCCUCGCCCAUAACUCUGUCACUGGCCUCAAUAGGACCACAGUCAUGACUAUCACAGUCUAUGGGCCUGGGGGGAAGCCCUCUAUCCGAGCCAGCAAUGCCACAGUCACAGAGCAUAAGGACGCCGUGGUCCUGACCUGCCUCACAAAUGACAGGGGGAUCUCCAUCCGGUGGCUCUUUGAGAACCAGAAUCUCCUGCUCACGGACAGGAUGAAGCUGUCCCAGGGCAACAGCACCCUCACCAUAGACCCCGUCAGGAGGGAGGAUGCUGGGGAUUAUCAGUGUGAGGUCUUCAACCCCGUCAGUUCCGGCAAAAGUGAACCCCUCAGGUUGGAUGUGCAAUCAGAACAAAAGGACACAGGCUACUCUGUGGGGACCAUCAUUGGCAGCGUGAUCGGGGUCCUCAUUGUGGUGGCUCUGGGGGCCUCCCUGGGCUAUUUCCUGUACCUCAGGAGGACGAGGAGGGCCAGUGACUCACAUGGCCUCCGAGAGCACCCACCUCCAGCGGCCACACCCGGCCAGGGUACCUCUGGAACAUCUGCCUUCCCGGGCCCCCUACCCGACCCCAAGACAACAGGUCCCAUCUAUGAG